AUGGUAAGAAGAUACAUACCCAAGGCUGGUAGAGCUGAAGAGAGUUGGCCCCCUCUCCUUCAUGAUCUCUUGGUUAUAUGUGAAAUACUAACGGUGACUAAGAACAUCCCAGCAGAGAUAUCCAACAGAGCGGCCGAGUGUCUACAGCUCUUGGAGAGAUGGAGGCGCGAGGAUGCUUCCGGGCUCCCAUCUGCCGAGAAUGCCGUCUUUCUUUUCCGUCUCUGGGCAGCCAACAACUUCGUCUUCACAAAUGACCGCAUGUGCUUGGAUUGGCGACUACGAAAUGUUGCUGUCCUCGCAAGUGUGGUCCGGGAUCUGUUGGAUUCUUUCAAGACCGCCUUGUCAAACAUCCUCGAGACGGUCAACCACCCCGGACUCCCACAUGACGCGGAUAACGACCAUCUUGCCCACAAUUUAGCACAGACUGACGAUUUCCAGACCCGCUUGUUUGAUAUAUGCCGCGCCAUUCAUCGAUCUGGAGUGCUCAGCAGGCUCUCAAAGGUCGCCAGUUAUCGCGAGCUUCUGGAAUUCGAUGGCAAGCUCAUUGACCUCUCUGAACACUUUCGUGCAAGUAUUGAGACCAUUGUGGAGAAACGCCACCCAAAAGCAUCGAAAUCAACAAGACUGCGGUUGGUUGAAUCAAUCAGCCUAAGGAGGCAAAACUUCAGCUACCUGCGCGACCGCGAAGUAAAGGCGUCUGAAGCUCUGGGCAAACGAAUGUCGGCUUUUGGGUCCCAUGGUGUAUCUUCGCUCUUACCUUUGAGACCGGCGGGGGCCUCUGCUGCUUCCGGCCCUGCUGAUGUACUGAAACUCAACUCCAAACGACGCAGGUCAGGGGUUGGACCAACCUCCACCAUCUUUACCGCUUCAACAGCCAACGUUCAGCGCGUUUUCAAGACUCACAGCGUUCGUACGUCGUCGACAUUUCUGGAGAGCAAAUACCACGCAAUUGAUGGCAUGAUGCCGCGACCCCCGAAGCCCAUGGACGACAGUGGCUACAUCAAGUGUCCGUACUGUUUCCUAGUCUGUUCCACCAAUGAGUUGCAAGGAAAAUUUUGGAAGCGACACUUCAUUCAGGAUCUGAUGCCCUAUGUGUGCAUGCUUGAUGGAUGCUCCAUGCCGGAUACGCUGUUUGAGUCUUUCGGUGACUGGACAGCCCAUAUGGCCAACCAACAUUCCACAACGAUAUGGACUUGCACCAACAGAUCUCACGGUACUCCGUCUCGCUUCUACUCGAGAACAGAUUUUGAGGCGCAUUUGCGGGAUGAGCACAAGGAUGAGUUUGAGGAGAGUGAUCUUGAAGAGCUUGUUGAAUCCUCUGCGAUCUCUCGCCCAAGACGUGAGCCACUCACAGAUUGUCCGCUCUGUCUCGAUGACUUUGAUGCCAAAUCAAUGCCUCUCAAUGAUAUCCUGAAUCAUGUCGCUGAGCACAUGAUAUCGCUAGCCCUUCUUUCUUUGCCGGAGGACGAGAACCGCGAGCCAACGAACUCGGAGGGUUUUGCGUCUGGCACAAGCUCGACGAUUCAAACUAGAGUCAGUGCGGUCAGUUCGAUUGCAAAGGCAAUGGAAACCAGCCUCUCAGUGGACACCGACGAAAUAGAAAUCGAGGACGACGAGCUCUCCACGGAUCUCAUUGAAAUUCCCGAGCUAGCACCAACAGAUGAAGACCAGUGGAACCAAUUCUGGGAGGGAAACCCUUUGCCUAUAUGCACUACUCCAGAAGCGUCUUUGCUCAGGGCAUUCGAAUAUCACCCAGGACCAGAGACUUCCGCUGAGACUCAGCAUGGAGAGGCUGCGUCCGCUGGUCUAGAUCAGAGCGAGUCGCAUCCAGAUAAUUACUCCCUUACACUAGCCGCUGCCCCUGUGCCGAAUACUUCGAACGGCUCCGAUGAAAUCGAUAUAGAUGCUGUAUUAGAUCGCCUCCUCGAGGCCAGAAACACCAGCCCUGGGAAGCAAGAGCAACGUCCUCAUCCCACUAUUGUGCCUGAUGUUACUCGCAAUCGCCGGGACCCUCGAAUGCGCAACUUGGAUGUCCAGAGCCCUGGAUACUACUACGAAAAGGAUCUUAUAUCUGGUGACUGGAAGGGGAAGCAGCCACAGCAGCCAUUAUCCCCGCCUCUGUCAGACCCAGCGACACUAGGUCUGAAAGAGUAUUUAUCACAGACGUCUCGGGUUUCUCGGCAGCCGCCCGGUAAAGCUGAAGAUUUCGGGCCUCUCCUGAGGGAAAAUUCUGUCGUUGGGUCGCAGAACAUUCUUGGGGAGCAAACAUCGCGUUCGCACAACCGGUCUCCUUCUUACACUGCCGCGGAACCUACUCUCCAAAAAGCUUACGAUAUCUACAAGGUGAGAGAAGAGCUUGAACGCGAACCUGAGCGCAGCGGUCUUGCAAAGUAUUUCAAGAGUCCAAAAGUGGACGGAUACCUACAGAAAUUCAUCGCGGAUCGUGAUAUGAUCUUCAUUGUCGAUAACGGAGAUACUAUGGGGCCAUUUUGGAAAGUCGCAACCUAUGUUCUAGAGACUCUGGCCAUGAAGCUAGCUCCUCUCGACGAGGAUGGGCUUGAUUUGGUCUUCACCAUUGGCCACGAGAUGCCGUUCAAUGCAAAAGGAAAAAAUGCUUUCAAAGAAUUCAGGAAACAAAUGGAUAGAGCUGCUCCAUCGCCGGUGAGAGAUUCCAGUGGGGAAAAAAGGACCAACAUGGCCGAAACUCUAGGAAGAGUGUUCACCAAUUACACCAACCAAACCAAAUCGAAACGAAUGACCCUGCUGGUGCUAACUGAUGGACGAUGGCGGGGUACGACGACGGGGAACACGGUGGAGGACAAGAUUGCCACCUUCGUCAAAAAUCCGUUCGUUCAUAAAUAUGGAUUGGAAGAUCGCUGGUUUAGCAUCUCUUUCAUACAAUUCGGAGAAGACCCAGAUGCAUCCAAGAGGCUCAAAUGGCUGGAUGAUGAAUUGUCGGAGGCAUACAAGAUUCCGGGUAUAAUUGAUCACGUUUCCUGGACUGGAUCGGUUACGAGGAUGAUUCUGGGAAGUUUUGUGGAAGACAUGGACGAAGAAGAUGAGACGGCGUUUGAGACCGAACCCACAUCACAGAGCCGAGUUUCGGGGUUCGGGCGAUCUAGUGGUGAAGCUCAGCAUAUCCCAGCCAAUGAUAACAAACCUCGAGAUUCGCUCCCCGGAGGGUUCCCGGCUGACCAAUCAGGUGGAGUGAAUAGGAGCUACAGCACGACUUCAACGCAAAGAAAAUACGGAGAGCAGUUUCGCUAA